AUGACGCCACAAAUGUUAGCGACGAUCGUGGGUGAUGACGACGGAGGAAAACUGUUCACGCCCGAGCAAUAUGAGGAGUACAAGAGGAAAGUACUCCCGCAGCGAGUACAAAACCGGCUGUAUGUGAGCUUUGGUGUACCAGGAGGUAUGGACUGCAAGCUGGUCGGCCCGGAGACGCCCUGCUUCUGUGCACAUAGGUACAAGGAGCAUAAAACGGAAUUUGAGGUGAUUCCCUCCGAAAAACCUUUGGUACUUCCGUGCCGUGCCAGGGGAUGUGCUUGCCCCGCCUACGAGUACGUCCCCCAUCUUGGGACUGUGCCUCUUCGCUGCCGCUGCAAACAUCUACCUGAGGAUCACGCUCCAGCUGCUGGGCAUUGCUGCAGAAAGUGCGACUGUUCUGGGUUCCGGAGCACGUACACGUGUGGAUGUGGCCAACCCACUUUCAAUCACCACACCUUGGUUGAGACGAAGUCAGAGAGGGAGGCACGGGGUCGCCCGGUGGGCUGGGAUGUCCCUUAUGCUGCGAUGGGCGGUCUGACAGGGUUCAGCUCCUUGUUGGAUGGCUACCUUGCUUUGGAGGCGAACGGGUCAUGUCUGGAGUCAGACGACGGCUGCCUGCAGUCAAGAAAAGCCUCCGGUUCUACAGGCGCCAAGAAGAGCGACUAAGUAACGAUCCAAUUAAUCAUCAACGAGACAAUAAAGAAUGUGC